GCUCUCAGUACAGCGAGUGUCGAGCAGCAGAGCGGCGAGCAGCAGAGCGGCGAGGAGCCCAGUCCGGCCCUCGCGCCCCCGCACCGCACGGCACGCGGACCUCGCGGAGAGCUGCCUCCUGCCCUCCCCACGACGGCGGCUGACUCCACGACGACGACGACGGUCCACGGCCGAGAGGCUACCGCAGGCUCUGGUGCGCCUGGCGGUGCUCGCGGGCGGUGCCUGGCGCCUGGCCAUGAGGGCGCGCCUGCCCCGCCUGCUGCUCGCGGCCCUGUGCUGCGCGCUGUGCCCGCGGCCGGCCCUCUGCGCCACCGCGGCCGCCGCCGAGCCCUUCGACACGCGCCAGGUGGCCCUGGACGAGGCGGACCGCAUCCCCGGCCUGGGCAGCCUCCGCGGCUCUCGCACGCAGUCCUACUGGAAGCGCCGGCCCGUCUACCAGUACCAGGCCAUCCCUUACGCCGAGCCCACCAGCGGCCCGAAGAGGUUCCUGCCCCCAGAGCCGGCCGCGCCAUGGACGGGCGUGCUGGACGCCACGGCGCUCGGCAGGCGCUGCCCGCAGGAGUGGGAGCCCCUCAGCAAGCAGACCGCGGCCCCCCCAGAGCCGCCCGGCGGCGACAUCGAGGACUGCCUCACGCUCAACGUGUACGCGCCAGUGCGCCCGUCGACGCGGUGCGACCGCCUGCUCCCCGUCAUGUUCUACAUCCACGGGGGGUCCUGGCGCGUGGGCAGCGCCAAGGACUUCGCGCCGCACUACCUCCUCGACAGGGACGUCCUGCUGGUGGUGAUCCAGUAUCGGCUCGGCGUUUUUGAAAUCAAACGUCAUGUUGUUCAUCGUGGUGCACUAACUCGCCCCCGCGGCCCCUUUUGGGCGUCCUUGGGGGCAGUGCGGUGCGGCCCUGAGCACGGAUGUUGUUGUUGGUGUCUCUACAUGGCGCAGAAACAGGACCUGGCCGCCGGCGGGCGGGCGACCGGGGCGGGGGGCAACCACGCCGUGGUGCAGAAGGCCGGGGCGCAGCGCUUCCUCGUCGAGCACCCCCGGCACAGCCUGCGCCUGGGCCGCCACAAGAGGCUGCCCGUCAUGGGCGGCGUCACCAAGCACGAGGGCUCCUUCUUCUUCGGCAAUAUUUACGACAUUUUCCUGGAUGGUGAAGGCAGGAUGGAGGACGCCGACUACCUCAGGCACAACCUCACGAAGGUCACGCUAGAAUUUAGCGGUAUCGACGACGACACGGGUGCGCUCAGCGACGUGUUCCGGGAGAAGUAUUUCAAGGAGAGCGACUUGGGGAACUUCACCCUCAUGACCCCCGGACUGAUCGACAUAUGCGGCGUGGCUCUCCUCAAGGCGUGCACUUUCCGGAUGGUACAAGAGAACUCCCGGCUGGCGCCCAGCUAUCUGUACAGCUUCAACUUCAAAGGGAGGCACACCAAGUUCGGCUACGGCUACUCGUUUCUGUACCCGUUCUCUGGUGGAGUCGCGCACUCGGACGACCUCAUCUACCUGUUCCCGGAUGGAGAUCUCAACGAGGAGGAAGAUGCUACCGCGCGUACCAUGGUGGACCUCUGGACCAACUUUGCGACUUUUGGGGCCCCCGCACCAGCGUACCGCGUGCCCGAGUGGCCGGCCGUGAGCACGGAGCACGGCCCCUACCUGCGCAUCGGCCGCGAGCCCCAGGUCCGCGACAACUUCCUGGACGAGUACCACAUCGCCGUCCAGGAGGGCCUCGACGCCGCGCCCCACGUCUCCGGCACGUUCGCCACCUGCGUCAUCGCCGCUCUUUUCACUCUCGCGGCGUCGCUUUGAUGGUCCACUUGGCCACUCGAGUGAAAUAGUCUUGUGAUUGAUUCCUGUGCUAUAGGCGUGGGUGCACUGGACACAGACGGUUGCUGUCAGUGAACAUUUUUCAUUUGGUUCAAAACACUUUGAGAUCGUCCAGAAAAGCUGUGGCAAGAUGUUGCCUGCCUAUCAGGCGCUACGAGAGCCUCCAGAGGAUUAACUGGGCAAUUUAGUAACUGCGAAUAACGGCCACAAUUCCUAGAUGAUCUCUUUGUUUCUUUAAUUCGCCCUUAACUGAGAGCAGGUCUACCAGCUAACAAUAAGUUCUCAAGGGAUAAAUUAGUGUUCCACAUGGGACAUCUUUCAUUUCCACUGCUCAUAGUCUUUUAUUUUACACCUUUAAAUUAUAAUGCAGAUGGCACAUAAAAGUGGUAUUAACUUAACAGAACAUUUUUCAGAAGCCAAUGUAAACUAUACGAAUAUCUAGAUGAAAAUUAAUUAAAGGUGUACUUAUUAAUGAGUAACACACAGAUGAGGACGGGAAUAUUAACAAGAUGCUGUGAGCAAUGAGGGAUGGGUAGGUUACAAACUAGGACUAACUACUGAGCGACAAAAUGGAACAAUUCCUACACAUAGACUUAAUUAAAAUUGCCACAGACUAGUUUAUAUUAUUCCAUCAAGGCAUACUCAACAAAUAUUUCACCUUUUCCGUUACAUAUUGUAGGCAUCAGACACCUAUAUCUCUUAAAACUGUAAGAGAGUCUCAAAUAUGGCAUCUAGAUAAGAACUGUCAAAAUAAACAAACAAGAAAACUGGA